AUGGAUCUCGCAAUUGUUGAAUUGCGCGAGUAUUUGGAGCACGAGAGAAACGCGCGUUACGCCCUGACCGAUUCUUUGCGGGAUCACCGCAAAAAUCGCGAGACCGAGCGUGCGAAGAACCUUGUUGAUUAUGAGGUCACGCAGCUGCAGGACGAGCACGAUGUUCGCUCGAUCGUUGCGGAACUGGGGUAG